AUGAAGUUUGCGGAACAUCUGUCGGCGCAUCUAACACCAGAAUGGAGGAAGCAGUACAUCGAAUACGAGGCUUUGAAGAAGAUGCUGCAUAUGGCCAGGCACCAAGCCCCAAAGACAGAAGUUUCAGAACCUGCAGUUAUCCAACGAUAUAAUGCAUCACUGGAAGAAAGAUUUUUUCAGAUAAGUGAGAAAGAACUAACCAAAAUAAACACAUUUUAUGCAGAGAAAAUUGCUGAAGCCCAAAGAAGAUUGGCAACGUUGCAGAUGGAACUUGAAGCAGUUCUCAAUUCCCAGAGAGAGAGUGAUACAAGAUCAAUGGCACACUGGAAGAGCAUCCUUCUCAAACCACACAGGCAGCGAGCACGGCACAAGAAAAUGUGUGACCUGAAGCUGGCCUUCAGUGAACUCUACCUUAACCUAGUCCUGCUGCAGAAUUACCAGAAUCUCAACCUCACUGGGCUUUCCAAAAUCAUGAAGAAAUACGACAAAAUGUUCAACACAUCGAAAGGCGCAGGGUGGCAGGAAGCUCAGGUUGAGAGCUCGGCCGUGUACACCAGCCAAAAGGUGGACCAGCUAAUCAGCGAGGUAGAGUCACUCUACACAACUCAGCUGGCUGGAGGAGACAGAGCCCGGGCGAUGAAGAGGCUUCGAGUUCCUCCGCUAGGAACAGCACAGACUCCCCCAGUGUGGACAACCUUCCGUGUGGGCGUGCAGUGUGGACUCAUUAUGGCACUCUCCGUGCUGAUAAUCAUCAAAGGUAUCUACGUAUCUCGGGAAGCCAGUGUGUGGCCCCUCCUGAGGGCUUACAGAGGGGGCUUCAUUUUCAUUGAGUUUGUCUUCCUGCUGGGAAUUAAUAUCUAUGGCUGGAGGAAGGCAGGAGUGAAUCAUUGUUUGAUCUUUGAACUUGAUCCCAGGAACCACCUCUCCCAUCAGGAAAUUUUUGAGCUGGCUGGUUUCCUGGGAGUCCUCUGGUGCUUGAGUGUGCUCGCCUGCCUUUUCAGUGCUUACAUCCACACUCCGAUGUCAAUCAGUCCACUGGUCCUGUACGGACUCAUGGUGCUUCUUCUCCUGAACCCAACCAAGACCUUCUACUACAAAUCCCGCAUCUGGUUGUUAAAGGUCCUGUCCCGGGUAAUAACAGCCCCCUUCCAUAAAGUCGGCUUUGCUGAUUUCUGGCUGGCGGAUCAACUCAACAGCAUGGGGCCCGUUUUCCUGGACCUCUGGUCCUUGAUCUGCUUCUACACGUUUGACAUGAACUGGGAGAGUAACCAGGGCCUCCUGAGCCCGCCUGCAGGUGAGAAGCCACGCCAAAAACCGAUAUACGGUAACUCCUAUGGAGUGACCUGCUUCAUCCAGUGCAUUCCACCCUGGAUACGAUUCACCCAGUGCCUCCGUCGAUACAGGGACAGCAGGGACGCAUUCCCACAUUUAGCAAAUGCUGGGAAGUACUCCACCGUUUUCAUCAUGGUAACCUUUGCAGCCCUGUACUCAACUGAGAAAGAACGCUCUCAGCUGACAAUCGGUGUGAAGGUUUACUUCUACCUGUGGGCCGUGACGACCUGUGUCAGCACCAUCUUCACCAUCGGCUGGGACCUGAAGAUGGACUGGGGACUGUUAGACAAGAAAACCAAAGAGAACAAGUUUCUGAGAGAAGAGACAGUAUACCAAUAUAAAGCCUACUACUACUGUGCCAUCCUUCAGGAUGUGGUGCUUCGCGUGGCGUGGGCUCUCAACAUCCUGUUCACCCAGACCAAGCAGUCGGAGGUGGCAGAAAUCAUCUCAACCACCCUGGGUCCACUGGAGGUCUUCAGACGCUUCGUCUGGAAUUUCUUCCGGCUUGAAAAUGAACAUUUAAACAACUGUGGCCAGUUCCGAGCGGUCCGAGACAUUUCCAUUAUACCCUUGACUGGGGAUAACCAGGCGACUCUGCUGCUGCUGAUGGACGAGCAGGAAGGGGUCAGAAAUCGCGGAAAAGUCAAAGGCAGCAAGCGGAAAACCAACUUCCCUUUUAAAAGAUCCAGGUCAGUUGAGAAACAACGACGACUUGCAACGGUAUAGAUCACAGAUUGAAUCUUAGUGUGCAGAGUGUAAGCAAAUCGAGC